AUGUACGAAGGGAUUGACAACCUGAAAUCCCUUUACGACCGUGCCGGGAAGACUUUCUCCGGUGGUCCUUCUGCGGCACAGGAUGUGCCGCGUCGUUCUGCUCAACCAGACCCAGUACGUCAACCAUCAGUUGGGAGCGGGGCUCCCAAGUAUCCCAGGACGGGGGAUAGCCGCGCCAUCGGACGAGAUAACUCGUCCGACGUCCGUUCACGUCGCGGUGGUUCAACAGCUGCUCAACUAGAUAGCGCUGGCCAACGCGAGAGUCCUCUAAUGGAGGUGGAGGAGGAGGAAAGACGCUCUCCACACGAUCAUGUGGAUCGGUGUGUUUUCGAGAGCUUCUUUGAUCGCGUAACGCAAGGGUUACGCGGCGAUCUCGAACAUGAGCGGGACAGGCGUCUUCAACUGGCGGACGCUGUCUCGAAGCAUCGAGCUGAGUUUGCCUUUGCUCAGCUUAAGAACGAGAGAGCUCUGACAUCUCUUCGUGACGAGCUAAGGGUAGCUCGUGGGAUUGUUAAUCGGUCUCGAGAUGAGAUAAAUGCUCUUCAGACCCUUGUCGAUGCCCAUCAUCGGGAGCACAAGGCUCUCUGCGAGAUGCUUGAGCGCAAGGGCGUUCUUCAUCGGAAGAAGCAGCGUACUGAUGGUACGGCUUAA